GAGUAAGGCAGGGGGCUGACCCGAGGGAAAAUCAUGGAUCAGGUAAUGCAGUUUGUUGAGCCAAGUUGGCAGUUUCUGAAGGACUCAAUUCAUCUUGUUAAAAGAUGCACCAAACCUGAUAGAAAAGAAUUCUACAAGAUUGCCAUGGACACAGCAAUAGGAUUUGCUAUAAUGGGAUUCAUUGGUUUCUUUGUGAAAUUGAUCCAUAUCCCUAUUAAUAACAUCAUUGUGGGCGGCUGAAUGCUUUCUGACAAAACUUUUCAUCUUAUGGAUUAGUGAACAAGUGAGGGUU